GCAAAUGUCAGAGUGUUAAAAUCCCAGAGUUUUGAUGACCAGAGUAUAAUUUAUACACUUUGGAGUAAACUGGGCUUCACCAGAAACUCUCUCAAGUGUUAGUGUAUUGGUUCAGUGUUGAUGUGGAGCUGUUGUAGUGUAAAUAGUGGGAUGAUGAACUCUUUGAGAGUCAAUCUGUUGCUGUCCCGUCCGCAGUGAGUUUAGGUUUCGAUACGUCAUCACUCAGAUCGACUACGCGUUGUCAUUGGUUGAAUCAUGAUGCAGCCUCGUGGACACCAGUUUCCAACUGACAUCCGAAGUCGUCGACAUUUUGAUUCUGCGGGACCGUAGUAAUAUGUGAGGAAAACUACAGCAAUGCUUUUCAAAGUGCAGUACCAAGGAAAGAAGUACGUUACAUCAAACUCAAUGGAGCAUCAUAUCCAGCAUUUCUCAGGGAGGCAGUGACGGAAACAUCUGAAGGUCGAAUCAGGGUUCCUACAAAGUCUCGAAAGUUUGGAAAAUGCUUGAUUUUAAUUUAUUUCUUCAGGGCGUCAGAUGUAACUAAAAAUAUAAAUAAAACCGGCUGACAAUCGUUAUUUUUUAUUUUGUUUAAUGUCGCGAGACACCCUCUGUUACACGUCUCAUGUAAUUCCAUGUAUUUGGCGCCUCGUGUAUUCGCCUGGCGCGCAAACAUCUGCAUUAAGAAAUGUUGCUUGCUGUAAUUUUAUCGAUGACUGCCUAAGAUGAUAAAUAAAAACUGAUUGCGUCGACGAUCAACAGACUGAAAGGCAUCCUGUUAUGUAAGAAACACACUGAUGUGAGCGCUAUGGGAGAAUAAGCCUUUACCAGCCAUUCCAAAGCUAAAGCGAAGUUCAGCAUACCCCCUGAGACAAACAUGUAUGUGCUGGAUGACAGUGGAACAGAGGUUGAUGAAGAGGUCUUCAGCGACAUCUUGGAGGAAAAAGCAGACAUCCUGUGGACCAUUGUUAACGUUCUUUCAGUUUCUGACUCUCCCAUCCAGUCCUCAUGCACAGACACCUUGUCACUAUCAUCACCCUCAUCGGACAGUGAUGCUUCUCUGAUGUCCCCAAAAAGACAGCGCAUUGAUGACGCCUUUGUGAUGUCCCCAAAAAGUCUACAUACUGAUGACAGUUCUUCACAAGCCAAAGAGCUUGUCAAAAGAAUUCUGGAACAAAAGCCCGGAGGGGAGAAAAUCCUUGCAAAAUAUGCAAUGACAGGAGAGAUGAAGGACCGAGCACGCCGUGAUCUCGUCAGCAUUGUUGUUGCUGAAAUGUUUGAAAAGUAUGGACGUGCUCCCCCUAUGGAUAAAAGAGCACAGUAUGCAUUGGGGAUAGUAACACUGUUCCCCUCUCUAAAAGAUCCCUACUCCAAAAAAGGCUAUGAACACUUUUUUGACAUAGACAGCAAUGAGGGCUACAUUGCCUGGAAGAUUAAAAACACUCAGCGAGAACUCAGCAAUGGCGGUACCAAUGGGGGUAGGAGAAGGAGCUCUCACACUACAGGCAGCAGCGGACCAAACUUACAGAGAGAAGUGACUAAAGUGCAGCAGUUGGAGGGAGACCAGUGUCGUGAGGCCAUAUCUCUACUGAAACACAGCACAGACAACGAACAAAUCUUCAUGAAAAUGAGAGAAACCUUCCAGCACAGGCAAAAGUUGAUCCAUGAUCCUGAGCAAUGCAGCACAGUGCUUACUGUGUUCCCAAGGUUUCUUGACACAAAAGGCCUGGUGGUGCAAGACUUUGACCUGUUGUUUGGAGCUGAGACUUCAUCAAAACUCCUUGAGAAAUGGGAUUUCCUGAAGGCCAAAGUAAUAGAGCAAGCCAAGGACAUCAGCAAGACACCCCUGCUUGAUCAUCUCAUCCAGUCUGCAGAGGAGAACACUGAUGAGGAUGACGAGGUCCCAGGUUGGGAUAGUGACAUGGCCUCACUGCUACUGCUGGUCUACCUACUGCCACCACCUCCAAGUGGAAAGAAGGGAGCUGUAAAGAUCAGUACCCGGGAAGCUAUGGACCAUGUAGUCAAAUUUCAUAAGUCAUGUCGCAGCCUUCAGGAGCACUCUGGUCCAAACCAGCGGAGGCAGCCCUACAUCCUCGCAGUUGGGACGACAAGAAAGCACAUCCACGAGUUCUACAUUGCAUUGGAUGGUGAUCUCCUUCCCUGCAAGGGCAAGUCUUCCCAGUCAGCCUUUGAUGAACUGUUCAAAGCGCAUUAUGUUUUCGGCAUCUCCUAUGACCAGGCCUUAAAUGGCAUGUACACAUUUGUGCAGACCACCAUCUACAACAUUGAUGUAGGUCAUUCUCACGAAACUCCCAGAGUCAAGGACCUAAGAGCUAAGCUCCUCAACUAAAGAGUUAUGAUGUUCAGAUGCUUUGUUUGCAAGUCUAGUUGUUGCCGUUCAAAUGUUGAUCCGUCUUGUAACAGAGGACUUUCAGACACUUUGUUUUGCAGAGCAUUUUCAUUCGACACAGGGAAAUGAUCAGAAUGUUUCCAUGCUUAAAGUUGAUAAAUUGCACUUCUUUAAGCCGUUUGAUCUGCAAACUACUUAUGGUUUUGAUAGAGAUUAUUUGUGGUUUUAGAACAUCCAUGAACAGUUAAAUAAAACAGACAUAAAAAGCA